UGUCAGUUUAAUUUUGACGAGAAAGAAGAAGUAUUUGUUAAUAAUAUUUUUUCUCAAGAUUAAUAAUAUUUAUCAAUAUUUGUGUUAAUAAGUUAAUAAAAUUAUUGAAUAAUUGUUAACCUAUAACAAUGAAUUAAAAGUUUGUGAUUUAGUGAUUUAUUUGGUGAUCUUUUACGAAAAGUUGAGAAGAUUGGAACACUUUAUAGGUUAGGUGUCGUUUGUAAAAUGGCAGAUGUACGUGAUAUUUUGGAUCUUGAAACACCAUCGACAGAAUUAACGAAAGAAACAAUUUUCGGAGAAAAUAAAAAGGUGAGAAAAAGAUAUGAUUACCGAGUACCUAAACGACCAGAGGGUAUGCAUAGGGAGGUUUUUGCAUUGCUUUGCAAAGACAACAACGAUGUGCCACCAUUGUAUCCAACAGACACGAGCAAAGGAUAUAAACAGGUAAAAGCACAAUUGGGAAUGAGAAAAGUGAGACCAUGGAAGUGGACUCCAUUUACAAAUCCUGCUCGUACUGAUGGAGCUAUUUUUCAUCAUUGGCGGCGAGUAGCUGACGUAGGAAAUGAAUAUCCUUUCGCAAAAUUUAACAAAAAAGUUCCCGUUCCAACUUAUACGAACGCGGAAUAUUUACAACAUUUAGUGGUAAACAAUUGGUCUCGUGCCGAGACAGAUCAUUUAUUUGACUUGUGUCGAAGAUUCGAUCUCCGAUUUAUUGUUAUUCAUGAUCGAUGGGAUAGAACUAAAUUUCCUGUUAGAAGUGUAGAAGAAUUAAAAGAACGAUAUUAUCAAGUUUGUGGUUCGAUAACAAAAUCGAAAUCCCAUACGGAAAAAAUUUAUUCAUUUGAUGCAGAACAUGAAAAACAUAGGAAGGAACAAUUAAAAAAAUUGUUUGAACGUACACCGGAACAAGUUGAAGAGGAGCAAACUCUACUUGCGGAAUUACGUAAAAUUGAGCAAAGAAAAAAGGAAAGAGAUCGUAAGACACAGGAUUUACAAAAAUUAAUAACCGCCGCUGAUCAUCAAUCAGAUCCAAGAAAAAGUGAACGAAAAUCAUCAAAGAAAAAUAGUAGUUCAUCAAGAAAUCGACCUAGUAAAGCUGAUUCUUCUCAUACCAUUAAUUUUCAGGCUGUUGAAUCGGCUGGAAUCAAGUUUCCUGAUUUUAAAAAUAGUGGAGUUUCUCUACGUUCACAGAGAAUUAAAUUGCCCAGCAGUUUAGGUCAAAAGAAAAUGAAGGGCAUUGAACAAAUGUUAACUGAAUUACAGCUUGAAUUAAAUCCACCGCCAACUGAACAAAUUUGUCAACAAUUCAAUGAACUUCGUAGUGAUAUGGUACUUCAUUAUGAACUACGAGGAGCAUUGACAACAUGCGAUUAUGAAUUACAGUCUUUGAGGCAUCAAUAUGAAGCUCUCGUACCUGGAAAGACACUAACAAUUCCGGCGGCUCUUUUGCCAAAAGCAGAACCGGAAGUUAAAUCGGAUAUUAUAGACGUUGUAGGUUCUCCAAGUAUGCCAAGUGUUGGACAUUAAUUUAAAUUUCUAAUGUCAAGACGUAAAAGUGAAAAUAAUUCAUUGAAAAAAAUUUAUUUAACGAAAAAUUAUUUUCAUCAUUUAAAAAGUUAUGAAAGUUGAAAUGAAUGAAAUUAAAAAAAUAUAUAUAUUUCUUAAAGUUUAAAACUUUAUUGUAUAAAAUGUUUUAAGUAUCAAAAGAACAUUUAUUUAUAAAUUAAAUUAUAUUUUGAGCAGAAGUUCAAAUCAAGAAAAAAUUUCAUUCAUUUAAACUUUCAGAAGUAUUUCGUCGUUGUAUAUAUUAUUGUCUGCUUUGUUAAUUUUAAGCAGAAAGAAAACAAUUUUUUUUUACAAUAGUUGACUUUCGAUUUUUAAGUUUAGUUAUUGUAAACUGUGAUUAUAAUAUGAAGGCUCAUGUGGAGGCUUUAUCUAUCACUUUUGUAAAAAAUAAAAAUUCUGUUUUUAAGGAAAAUACGAAAA